UUGCGGGUUCAGUGACAACGCGGACGCAUACGCACCAGGAGCCCAACGUUGGCGGGCGCACUUCUAGUUCGAAAACUUCGAUAAGUGUAAGGACAUCAAUAAUAGUAGUAUUGUUAUUUUGUCGUUGCGCCGUUCACAUUACACCGCCGCCGGAGUGGAUUUUUCUCAAAAUGUUCGGUAAUAUAAGGCGGGACAACAUGAUGUUACUACAUUCAAUCAUAUUUAGUCAAACGUUUGAUUAGCUUUCUAAACGAAGUUUUGAUCUGUCUUCUACAUGAUGUAAGAUAAUCCAAAACAGUGGGAUCAUGUCAGAGUACAUAGGGUUCGGUAGUUUACCGGACAUAGUACAUCGAAAAACCGUCAAAAAGGGAUUUGAAUUCACUCUGAUGGUGGUCGGUGAAUCCGGUUUGGGAAAAUCAACACUGAUAAAUACAUUAUUCCUAAGCGAUUUGUAUAAGGAACGAAAUGAAUCUAGUUAUGAACCUCCUCAGACCGCACAUAUUGAAAAGAAAACGUUAUGCAUCGAGGAACAAGGAGUAAAGUUAAGACUAACCGUUGUAGACACACCUGGUUUUGGUUCGUCUUUGAGCAGUGAUGAUUGCAUUCGGUCAUGCUGCGAGUACGUGGACGAACAAUUUCGAGCAUAUUUCGCCGAAGAAAGCGGCAUUAUCAGAAAGAACAUAGUCGACAAUCGUGUACACUGUUGUCUUUAUUUUAUACCUGGUCAUUGUCACAGCCUAAGGCCAAUAGACGUAGAAUUCAUGCUCAAUAUCCACGAAAAAGUCAAUGUCAUACCAAUCAUAAGCAAAGCAGAUAUGUUGACUGAAAAAGAAAAAAUACAAAUCAAACAACGAAUAAAUGAUUCUAUUAAGUCCCACGAAAUAAAGAUUUACCAACUACCAGAUUGCGAUAGUGACGAAGAUGAAGACUUCAAACAGCAGGACAAAGAGUUGAAAGCAUGCUUACCGUUUGCCGUGGUCGGAAGUAACACGAUUUUGGAAGUUAACGGGAAAAAAAUGCGAGGAAGACAAUAUGACUGGGGUGUGGUAGAAGUGGAUAACCCAGCCCAUAGUGAUUUCACCAAACUUCGGAAUAUGCUAAUAUCCACACACAUGCCCGAUUUAAAAGAAGUCACAGAGGAUGUUCAUUAUGAAAAUUUCCGCACACAAUUGAUUUCGAAAAUAUCGCAGCAAGCAUUUAAAGAUAGAGGAAAAUUAAAAAGAGACUCGAUACCAAAACUGCUACCAGCACUUGAUGAAACGGAUAUUUUGUUGCUUCAAAAAGAAGAAGAAAUCCGCCGCAUGCAAGACAUCCUCGUCCAGAUGCAAGAUAAAAUAAAGACCAAUAACGAAAAAAGCAAUCAUAACCUAUACCUAGCAGCUCAAAAAUCACUGGAAAAUGAAAACAAAAAAAUUGAAAACGUGAUCAACGUUUAACAAAAAAGAAUAAAAUACUAUAGUAUAAUAUUAAAUAUUAUUUAAAAUUGUACAGUAAUGUCUUAUAAGGACAUGUUGUAUUAAUUUGGUGUUCAACUUGGAAAAGUAUUUCUACUAAUAUUUUACAUUUUUUUAUAUCGUAAUAUUAUUUUACUUACUGACUUUGAAUUCGUUGUCGUUUUAUACAUAGUCGUAUAAAGAAUUCACUAUUAUUACUGUAUUAUAACAUUUUAUUAUUUUCGUUUGAAUCUUACCACUGUAAAUUAUUUUAGACAUGGUAAGAAAUUAACAUAGGGACUAAAACAGUAGGUAGUUCGUGGUUUAACUUUUAAGAUUGUUUAGAAAUGUAUAUAUUAUCAUCAAAAAAUAAACUCUUGAUCGGUUACGA